AUGGUGAUCUAUUCUUGUGCAACACCAUUUUAUUGUAUUCACUCAAAGAGAUUAUUGAAUAAAUACUUGGACUGUUUUUUAGACCGAAGUCCUUGUACUCCUGUGGGAAAAGUGUUUAAAUCAGUUCUACCAGAAGUCGUGAAGACAGCGUGUUCUAAAUGUUCACCAAUGCAGAAGAGAUUCGCUGGCAGAACUUUCCAGGCAUUCAAGAGAUACUUACCCGAAAAACACGAGGAACUUAAACAUAAACUUGAUCCAAAAAACACAUAUUUCGCAAACUUUGAAUCGGUUAUAUCAAUGUCUUGAAAAAGAUUACGUAACAGUUCAUAAAAGUAGGGUAAGUAACGUAUAUACGUUGUGACCAGUAUGAGAACAUAAUAUCGGGUUUUGUAACGACCUUUAUUAUUACGGUUACGAUUACUUUGUAAAAGAAAUUCAAUUAAAAAUAAAUUCGAUGAAAAAAUAAAA